UUAUUAUACAGUAUAUGGGAAGUAUUUACAGAUCACUAAAAAAACUGAGCAAGAUAUACAUAAUGACUGAGGUACUUUGAACAUAUUAUACAGAUGAAUGAUUCGUUUAAGAAAAAGGGGGAGAAGACUAUAAACAGAGACUAGCGAAUAUACUUUACAAAAGAGAGAUAUAUGAUGUUAAAUAAAUAAGGCUAUACAAAACGGAUGACAAUGUCGAUUUACAGUGCAAAAAAAAAAGCAAAAUAGUAUUAUUGGAAGUUAAACUGUGCAAACAGGAUGUAGCAUGUGCAACGUAGAUCAAUAGUGCCGGAGAUUUAACAGUAAUGGAACUCAGAUCUUCUCCAGGACGAUGAUGGAGAGAUGUACCAACACCCUGGAAGGAAUAACUCAAAAGGACUCGGAUGAUGAGGUUUUUUUAAUUUUUAUUUUUUUAGACCAACUGGUUUGUAGACCUGCAAGCAGUUCCGGAUUUGUCCACCAGAGGGUGCUGAUGAUGAGACUAAAACACCACAGAGGAAGAAGUCACAGUUCUUCCUGGAUCUUUAAAGAAAACCCCGUCAACUGUGGUGAUUGUAAGCUCGGUUCUGUUCAGGAUGCUACUGGUUCUGUCCGAGGAGCACAGAGAACAUCUGUCCAUGCUGCCGCAGGUGGACCCUUCAGUGGUGGGAGAGUUCGGCCGCAUCGCGCUGGAGUUCCUGAGGAGAGGAACCAGCCCGAAGAUCUACGAGGGAGCAGCCAGAAAGCUGGGGGUUUCUGUGGAGGCGGUGCAGCAGGGGGUGGAAGGCCUAAUGUUCCUCUUGAUGGAGAGCUCCAAACACACAAUAUCUGAGGUGGACUUCGUGGACUCUGUGCUGGUUCUGGGCUUCGGUGAGGAGCUAAACCAGGUGCUGCUGCAGCUGUAUCGGGAUAAUCAGGCGCAGAUUCGCAGAAUCCUGAGCCAACUGAUUCCAAGUCAGCCGUCCUUCCAUCAGCUAGAGUGGAGACUAGAUGUGCAGGUGGCUAGCCGCUCAUUACGGCAGCGGCUGGUACCCACGGUAACCAUGCGUCUGAUGCUGUCAGAAAGCGAGGAAGGCAAGCACAGUACCUGGGUGCUGCAGACAGACCCCAGCACCCUGCUGCACCUGAUCUCCACUCUAGAAGCCGCUCUGGCUGCCGUGAAGACCAGCCACUCUCGCCGCAUCCUGAGGAACAUCAAAUAACUCGCCAGAGCGCCGUUGAGUCACAUGGGAGGGGCUUAGCUGCAUCUCUAACAGAGCCUUUUUCAAAAAAAUGCAGAAGUCCAGGUCUGAAAGUUGGAGCCAAGAGACAAGAGAGGACUUUGCACAGGUUGGGGAAUGUGACCAUGAACACUUCAGUUGGCGGAGCUGCAGCUGGACCUCCAGGUUGGGAGGUACCUGCUCAGAAGUUUUCUGUACAAGUUCUGAAGCUCUGUUUUUGGACUCUGAGUCAACUGACUCGCGUUACCGCUAUGGAGGCUGUUCCUCCUCCUUUGGAGUUCAGCUGAUGUUUGCCUUCAAGCUUCUGGUCUUGGGUCCAAACUAAAACAACAAAUAAACAAUUUCUACAUAAAUCCAAACUCCCUCAUUGUUGUGCAAAUGUUCCAAGCUGCUGUUUUUCAAACACUGAUGCAUAUGUAAGCACGUUUACACAUGAGCACGCUUAAACGGUCUAAAGCUGUGUUCUCUAGCAGCUGCAAUUAGAAAAUAAAGUUACAAAUAAACAUGACUGAAUCCAAACUUCUGUUAUGAGUUCAUCAAAAUCAUUGUUUUAAUAUUUAAGUCUUUAUUGAUUUAUAUAUACUGCAUAGACACAUGAUUGGGGUUUUUAUAGGGUUAUGAGUAUUAUUGGAAGUUUGGGAUUUGUGUGAACUUAAAGUUUUAUGGAAUUGAUAAAAUCUUGGUAAUUAUUGGAGCCAAAACAAUUUUUGGUAUCUGAAAUUUUCUGAUUGUAUAUGUAUGGUUUUCUAUGUCAAACAGAGCUGAAGAGUCCCGCUGGGCUGGUUUUUAAGAAGAAAAGAGAACUGGAACACUUCAGCUAAAGUUUUCAUCAUAUUCCUGUUCUGCUAAAAUAAAAAAUAAAAAACAAAAAACAGGCUGAAACGAA